AAAAUGUCAAACCGAUUAGUAAAACUGUCGCUUUGCUUAGUUUCUUGCUGCAUUUUUUAUCCACCUUGCACUCCUGCUCCAACAUGGGAUUCUGUUUCUGGGCAGCAGUCUGUCUUGAGUGGGUCUCCCAGGAGGAACAAACUGCUGCUCAUCUCCUUCGAUGGCUUCCGCUGGGAUUAUGACCGGGAUAUUGAAACCCCCAACCUGGAUAAAAUGGCUGAAGAUGGUGUUAAGGCACUUUACGUCACACCGCCUUUUCUCACUAUCACAAGCCCUGCUCACUUCUCACUUCUUACAGGAAAUUACGUAGAGAAUCAUGGGGUAAUCCACAACAUUUGGUUCAACACAACUACUCAGGAGAAGAAGCAGUACCAUGCAGCUCAGUUUGUUGAUUCCUACUGGGACAAUGGCAGCUUACCUAUCUGGAUAACAGCACAGAGACAGGGACUAAAAGCAGGCUCUCUGCAUUUCCCUGGCACAGCUGCAACAUACAAAGGAGAAACUGUAAAUGUGAGGCAGGUGGAGCCUCCUAUCUAUGACCACGGAAACGAGACAGAAUGGAGGAUGAACAUCGACAAGGUGAUUGGUGGGUGGUUCCACAAACAGGAUCUGGACUUUGUCUCCUUGUAUUUUGGGGAACCAGAUUUGGUUGGACACAAAUUUGGACCAGAUUCCCCAGAACUCCGGGAAAUGGUGGAGCAAGUGGAUCGUACUGUCGGCUACAUCCGGGACAAGAUCCAUGACCACGGUCUCACUGACCGACUCAACAUUAUUAUCACCGCAGACCACGGGAUGGCUAAAAUACUACCAGAUAAACACAUUCAGAGGAUCAUCUUGUCCAAAAUCCCAGGUUUUAGCUUCAGGGAUAUCCAGUUCCAACUUUUGGACUAUGGCGCUGCUGGAAUGUUGCUUCCCAAAGAAGGUAAAUUGGAGACAGUCUACCAGGCUCUAAAGGGAGGCCACCCUCACCUUCAUGUGUAUAAAAAAGAGGACGUGCCGGCUAGACUGCAUUAUAGCUCACAUCCACGACUUCUUCCCAUCAUCCUCUUGUCUGACCCUGGAUAUGUAAUAAGUGGGUUUUUACCUUUGCAAUUCAACAAAGGAGAUCAUGGCUUUGAUAAUGAAGCCAUGGAUAUGAAGGCAUUCUUCCGUGCCGUGGGGCCUGAUUUCCAGAAAAACCUGAUUGUCGAUCCCUUUGAUCUGGUUAACGUGUACCCACUAAUGUGCCAUCUGCUCGGAAUUAAACCAGAGCGCAACGAUGGACACUUGGACAAAACCAAACACAUGUUGCUCCACGAAGAGAAUGCAGCUGCUGAGAGCAACACUCAAAUGGAGGCGCUGAUAGGCUUGGCUUCUGUGAUUAUGUUCCUCGUCCUUGUGUUUAUCGUCACCAUUUCCUACAACACGUGCAGAAGGACAUAAGCCUGAACUGUUGGGGGCCUUCCAUGCAACUUUGGGACAUAUCAACAAAUGCGAUUGCCCCAGCACUCACUCAGAAAAAUUAACAUAAUAAUAAUCAUCAUGAAACAUGUUUUCAGGUGGCCUGGAGAUCGGUUUUAGGGGGGGUUCUGCCUAAAAUAGACCUAGUGACGCCACUGGACUACAGUACGCUUUAGCGGGUUUAUGUACACUAUAUUGCCAGAAGUAUUCACUCUGCAGAGUGAGUGAGAGUGAGUGCAAGGUUGCAGUUUAAAAUAUUCUGGAAUGGCUUUCCAUAAUGUUUAGGAGUGUGUAUACGGGAAUUUAUUACCAUUUUUCCAGAUGUGCAUUUGUGAGGUUACACACUGACGUUGGAUGAGAAGGCCUGGCUCUCAGUCUCCGCUCUAAUUCAUCCAAAAGUGUUCUAUAGGGUUGAGGCCAGUCAAGCUCAUCCACAUCAAACUCUCCCAUUCAUGUCUUUAUGAACCUUGAUUUGUGUACUGAUGCACAAUCUGUUCAGCUGCAAAGGGUAGACCAACAUCAUAUCAAACCAUAUUGAUUUAGAAUGGAAUAUCACUUAAAAUCAUAUGUGAAUCAAGGCAGUUGAGAAAAUACUUUUGGCAAUUUAGAGUGCAAUUUAGACUAUAUCGUGCAUGUUUUUGGAUUGUGUGGAGGAGGCAGCAGUACCUACAGAAAACCUGGAGAAAACCUGCAAACUUCACACAGGAAGGCCAGAGUUUCUGUUGUGUUAUGUAUUCUAUCGUUAACCAUUGGUUGAUAUUGAUAGCUUUGCAGUUUAACAAUAUUGUUUUUGUUUGUUUGUUUGUUUGUUUUUGAAAUAGCAAGAGUUAUAAGUAUUGGUUGAGAAUGCUUAUUUGGGAGGUCUAUUACUUUUCGAUCACCAAGUAGAUAAAGUUUUGGAGAAUCCUGCAGUUCAAAACAGGAGGGGCUUUCUGCAUAACUCACGACCACAAGUGCUAAACAGGUGUACAUAUAGCCAAACAGCAUGAAAAUAAGUGUCUGGAGUCAACUUAGAAUCUUCUGAUCUAUAGUCAGAAGCUUAUUACACAAAUAGCACCUCGUAAAAUAUACUGUAUGAAUCUAAAUCUGGCAGUGUUCUUACAGGCUGACUGUUUUUUUGUUUUUGUUUUUUUGUUGCUGCAGCCCAUGAUGCCUUCAGGUGCGUCUCGCAAAACCCAAACGACUUCUAACCAUUUUCCAAAGUUUAGACUACAUACCAGGAGUGCUAGAUUUUAUACAUUUGGAUUAAAACAAUCAUGUUUAUACAGAAACAAUAUGAUCUUUUAAUGAAUAAUGUUGUGCAAAACUCAAAUUUCUAGUCAAACCUUAAUUUGACCAGUCUCAUUAAUGAAUUUGCAGAAUUAAUCAUAUUAAUUAUUUAAGGCCAGUCUAAAAUUUGAUCAUCAAUCAUAGAUCAUAUAAAUCAUCAUCAUUAAUCAUAGAUCAUAUUCAUGAGAAAAUAAUAUUGUUUCCUGAUAACAACAUUUUAAACAUUUUAUUAUAUUUACACUAUGUGAUUACUAUAUUUGUUUUAUUUCAAAACACAAUUUUAUUUUCCAGCACCAUCUAAAUGUGGGUCAUAUAGUUCAGCGUUUCACCUUUAUUUCAAUAUACUAUCUUAUGAAUAUUGCGUUUUGCUUCGUUUGUUUUAUUAUGUAUGCUGUGUAGCUAUAUCUACUGUUGCGUUGGAUACACACUUAAAUACAAGUGCAAUGCAUAUGGAGGACCGGUAUAUACUAAAGCGGAGUACGCGCUUAUCGUGUGUGUGCUUACUGUUCUUGUGGUGUUUGGUGUACCCGAGAUGAUCACGCUUCCCCUCCCAAAACCGAAAGUCUAUCGUAGUACCAAUACCGACCUGUAAGUGGCAGCAUGGCACCACAGGACGUUAGUAGUACUACAGUAGUAGUAAAUAUUGCAACCGUUUUUACAUUGAUGAUCUCGACUGCUUUUUGAGCACUCAGGUCAGGAUCAGGCCUUCGCUGACUUUGAUCAGAAAAGAGGAAAAAUGCUCAGAUUAGGCCUGAUUAUCAGUAUGUGUGUACCCCUUUUCAAUUUGGGUGAUAUUCUUCCUGUGUUUUCACCUGACUUUUGAAUGUAGUUAUCUGAUUAUUACUGAGUUUUGCUUUCUUAACGUUUUGUUUUGUAUGUUGUGUAUAGCUGUAGUUUUACACUAGUGUGCUAUUCAUUGUCCAAAUACAUGUUCUAACAUAUCCUGAGAAAAUUGAACAAUUUAACCUAAACCUCAAUGAGCAUUGCUUUAUCUCCUGUGUGUAUCGACUUCAAUAUGCUAUGGCAAUAAUACAUGAAUUAUAUUAUAUAUAUAGUAUAUUAAGUGCAAUGCACAAGUUGGUAUGUAACUGACCCUUUUUUGUGUGCCAUUUAAACUUGAACUGAUUGGUGGGUCACCUAAGAGGUAUGACGAGAUCACAAAUUGAUCAGGAGGGAAAAUAGAGAUUUUGAACAACAUGUCUCUGUGGAGGGGUUGCAGGGAUAUGUUAAGAACACAAAAUCUCAAGACACUGAAUAAAAAUGCGAUAUGAAUCGUGUCAACUGUAGUAUUUACUUUUACUAUAAUUGGAAUGCACACAGAAAAUGAUUUGCAGAUGUUGGCAGAUGACAAUGUUGGCAACUGUGUCUUCUUUUGACCUACUGGGGAGAAAGGCUCCAGCUCGGGCAUGUGAUUCAAAACAGACGUAUCAUUUUAACCACUAGGCAGCACGCAUCGGUUACCGUUAGGAAAAUGUACUCAACGCUGCAUAUAGCAUUUGAUCCCUCUGGUGCUCUUCUGUACUACUGAAUUGAAACAGUUAUAUGUAUUAGCUGAAAUGUUUUGUUUUUUAAAACUUUCCAAUUUUUAUUUUUUUUUAAGACAGAUCAGCCAUCCUGCUAGUGCACAACAAUGUGUGGCCUUUUUACAUCUUUUGUAGAAAGUCUGGAACCCAUUUUUUUGUUUUUUUUAAAGAUAAUAAAAAUUCUUCUGCUGGAAAGGACACAAGUACUUUCCCAAUGUUUUACUAUAUAGUAUGGCUUGAAGUUUUAUUCCACAAAUUCCCACGUGAUAUGAAAGCAAGGCUGAUUGCAGGGUUGUUGGGAAAUUGUGAGGUUCUUGGACAAAAAAAAGUACACAAAGACUCAAUAUAACACUGGAGAAAACACGAGUUUUCACCACCACAUUUGUGCUCCUGCAAACUAGAGGAAAGGUAAUCACAUACUUGCAUUAGGGGAAAUUGCAUCGAUAUUACUACGAUUGGCUGGGGACCAGUCUCGGGUGUUCACCCACCACCCUAAUGAGGAUAAACACCACAGAAAAUGGACAGAUAGGUGGGAUUCAUAUAAGAUACAAGCACUUGGGGGGGAAAAAAACUAAACAAAAAAAACAAGAAAAUCACUCAUUUAAUUGCUUCUAAAAUGGCUAAAACAAAACUUAUUGUGUUUGAUCUCACCAUACCUCAGGUGUCUGAACAGUUAUUAGAAUUUGUGUUGAGGUUAUGUGUUGUACAAAUAAAAAAAGCCAUGAGAGAUGUACCAAAUGGUGUUUUUACUCUGAGCAUCCAUUGUGAUAUCAGUGCAAAGGUUCUUUAACAUAUAAACUAACCCCUGGAAUAUUGAUAUUGGUUGAAUUUGGCCAACUGAAAAGUGCUUCUGCAGUAAUUGAAGCCAGUGUAGUACGGCUAAAUUAGCCAGUAGUGGUGUCGCGCUAGCCCCCUUCAUUUGCAGUCUGGACACAAAGUGGUGAAACACUACAUCAAAGCCUAAAGGUAAGCAGAACUGCACUGGGAUUAACAUUAGCUAAAAGCAUUAACAGAUUAACAUUAGCUAAAAGCAUUAACUUCUGAGAAGCGGCACGACUUGAUCGCUUUGUGAGUGUUUCUCCACGAGUAGGUGUGGGUGUCAUAUUUGUGUUUGGGGAUGUGUCCACUGCCGCAGGUCCUCACAUGAAUUAGCAAAGUGUAAUUUGGUGGCUUGAUGGUAGCUCCACAAAGGAUAAUAGAAUUUAUGUUGUUGCUCAUGUGUGCAUCGUCUUUUGCAAUUGCUUGUUCAGGUUCGGGGCGCUAAGUGCAGCCACCCCUAGCGCCGCCCCUAGUUGUCAUGG